AUUUGAACACGCAUGUCACUACAGUAUGGGAUCCCUUCCUGUGAUUUUGCCCCUGUACGCAGUGCAACUCAUAUAUUAUACUGUCAACUUGAAAAGUGAAUAUGUCACUCAGUCCCCAUUGAUCCUUUCGGCUUCGAGUUCAGCCAUGAAUGACGAGAAACUAACUCUCAUUGUGGGGACGCAGUCUGAGGAUGUUUUUCCAGGGUAUAGGGACUUGACAAUACAAGCUCCCACAAAGACGCGAGGCGGGGGGUGGCGGGAGGGGGCGCGUGUAGGUGGGACCCUGGGAAGGCACAGGGCCAAUCAAAAACGAGCACCGCAGGACUCGAACCUGCAACCUUUUGGUGUACGAAUGAGGCAUCGAAGCCAAACACGCUAGCCAUUGCGCCAGGCACCCAUGCAAUUAGGUCGGAUCGUCAAUCCAUCGAGGCUAGGACCUCAUGCCCUGUGGAUUUAGUCGACCCCCUUCGUUAGCCUAGUCUUCCAGGAUGUGGGAAUCGAGUGCGUUUCCUUCAUCAUCGUUUCUGCAGUUUCUGAUCAGGUCGAGAACUAUACUGCUAGCGAUAUGGAAACCGGCAGCUUUGGAUUCCGGAUGCCGGUGUCGAAUAGAUGCAAGGAUGUCCCUGCGUGCGAAAGGGGAAGCAUGAGUAAGAAGGCACGAGAGACAGAUCUGCACGGCAGAUGUGGCAACCUGUGGCAGCUGCACUUCCAUCCGCGGGCCUGAAUCACCAAUUGCUAUCAUAGCGUUUAACCGCCGUUGCACUCUCACAGACGUCGAGACGAUGAUCUCCAGGGAUGGUGCGCAUGUGUCGUCUGCUGAUCGGUUUCCGGGGUGCAUACUUGAGGAGGUUGCACCGGCAUGCAUCUCCUCAAUCCCAAGGCACCCCCAAGGCACCCAUGAAGCGAGUCCUGUCCCUCCUCGUCCCCAGCGCAGCGCUCUGCUGGACGGCUGCCGUAGCCGCGAUAGUCAAGCCGCAGGUGCUCAUCGUCAAUAUGUUUAUCAAUGAGGCCCAGGCAUGGUACGGGAUCCCGGACUUCAAUGUGCUCGCCAGGAACAUCACCGUCCCGGGCCUCUCCCCUCUCUUCCCGCAGGUCCACUGCACUCAGGACGGGCGCAUCUGCCAGCUCGUUACCGGGGAGGGCGAAAUCAACGCUGCCAGCUCUAUCAGCACCCUCGUAAACUCCCCGGCAGCAUUCGAUCUCACGUCAACGUACUUCCUCAUCUCCGGAAUCGCAGGCAUCAACCCGAAAGUAGCCACGAUCGGGUCUGUAACUCUCGCGCGGUACGCGGUCCACGUCGGGCUCCAAUUCGAGGUCGACGCACGCCAGAUCCCGGGGUCGUUCUCGACGGGGUACUUCGGCCAGGGGACGACCGCGCCGGGGCAGUACCCGACGAUCCUCUACGGCACGGAGGUCUUCGAGCUGAACGAGCCCCUGCGGCAGCUCGCGUUCGCCGCCGCCAAGUCCGCGAACCUGACUGACAGCGCGGACUCGCAAGCGAUGCGGGCGGCGUACGCCAAGUCCGCGCCGGCCUUCGCAGCGAUCAACUCCGCCGGGCCCCGGGUCGUGCUGUGCGACACCGCGACGGCGGACGCAUUCUGGGGCGGAAACCUCCUCGGCGACGCGUUCGCGAACACCACGGCGGUGUGGACGAACGGGACGGGCGUGUACUGCUCCACGCAGCAGGAGGACAACGCCACGCUCAACUCGCUCCUCCGCGGCUCCCUCGCCGGCCUCGUCGACUUCUCGCGCAUCAUCGUGCUACGCGCCGCGUCGGACUUCGACCGCCCGCUGGCCGGUGGGGAUAGCGUCGCCACACUGCUCGGCCCCGCGCCUGCGUUCGUGCUGAGUACCGUGAACGCCAGACUCGUGGGUGUGAAGGUCAUCGCGAUGAUUCUGAAUGGGUGGAAGGGGAGGUUCCAGACGGGUGUCAAGGCCACAAACUACGUCGGCGAUAUCUUCGGGUCUUUGGGUGGAAAGCCGGACUUUGGGCCGGGAAGCAUCUUUGGAGGCAAAGUGGCUCCCUGAGCGUCAAAAGCUGGUGCCAGUCGACAGCAAAGCGUCUGGGUGGCUGUGUCGGAUGUCUCCCGUGGCUGAUUUAUUGGAUUUCCUUUUCAUUUUUAUGUGUAUAUAUAUAAGGUUAUAUAUAAAUCUAACCAUAUGUCACUCACUUGGAAUAUUUUGG